GAAAAUUAACCAAUAACCUCAAAUAUUUCCCGGGUUUUUCUGUUUUGUUUUCAUUUGUUAUAGUAGCUUCUUCAAACAUCAACUGAUUUUUCAAAAUGAAUAAAAGAAAAUCAGAUGAAUAUACGGGACAUUUUAAGAAAUACAAACCAAAUGGUACUACGGUACUGUAUCAGAGGCCCCCCAUUCUGCAUAUAGAUCCGGCUAAAGACACAUUUAUUUUUCAAGAAUUGGAAUUAGAUAAUUAUGUUGGAAAUGUGUACCCUGGAAUGCCCGGACCGCAAAGUGGACCGGUUCCAAUUAUUCGAAUGUUUGGCAUAACUAAAGAAGGUAAUAGUGUCUGUUGCCAUGUACAUGGAUUUUCCCCAUAUUUCUACAUAAAUCUACCUACCACAUUUUCGAACGGUGACUUAGGACCGUUUAAGGAUAAACUUAAUGAAGCUUUAAUAAAUGAUAUUAGAGGUGGUAAUCGAGACGGAAUUACUGAUGCUGUUUUAAUAGUGGAAAUAAUUAAAGGCAAAAAUUUAGUUGAAUAUCAUGGCGACGAUGACGAGCCUUUUGCAAAAAUUACUUUGUCCCAGCACAAAUUUGUUCCUGCUGCAAAAAGACUUUUAAGCACGCAGAUUAUAUAUCAGUCACUCAGCAACCACAAUUUUCAGUUUUUCGAAAGUAAUGUAGAUAUAGAAACAAGAUUUAUGGUAGACACAAAUAUACUGGGUUGCUGUUGGAUAGAAUUGCCACCAAAGACAUGGUACGAAAGAACAGAUUUCUCAGCGCAUAGCAAAACAAGUAGAUGUCAAAUCGAAGUGGACGUUGCAUGGGAUAAUUUUAUUUCACAUGCUCCUGAAGGAGAGUGGGGUGAUGUCGCUCAAUUUAGGAUCCAUAGUUUCGAUAUUGAAUGUGCCGGAAGAAAAGGAAUAUUUCCCGAACCAAAAAUAGAUCCAAUCAUUCAGAUAGCAAACGUUAUACAGCUACACGGUGUCAAAGAAGUAAUGGCGAGAAAUAUAUUUUGUUUAAAAUCUUGUGCCCCUAUAGGUCACGCGGAGGUAUAUUGUUACGAAGAUGAGUCCAAGAUGUUGGAAGCCUGGGCUCAAUUUGUAAGGGAACUGGAUCCAGAUAUAUUCACGGGAUACAAUAUAAAUAAUUUUGAUUUCCCUUAUUUGUUAGAGAGGGCCAAACAUUUAAAAGUUCAGAACUUUGAUUUCUUGGGCCGGUUAUUGAAUGUUAGAUCCCAAAUCAAAGAAACAACUACUCAGACCAAAAUAGGUAAGAGAAUGUACAAAACGAUUAAUUUUGAAGGGCGCGUACCUUAUGACAUGCUGUUGGUAAUAAAAAGAGAUUUUAAGCUUAGAUCUUACACGCUAAACAGUGUGUGCCAAGAAAUCUUGGGUGAACAAAAGGAAGAUGUUCAUUAUAGUAUUAUUACUGAUCUGCAAAAUGGAGAUGAACAAACAAGGAGAAGAUUAGCAGUCUAUUGUCUAAAAGACGCUGAUUUACCCCUAAGACUCAUUAAUACUGUCCUAAGCUUCACAAAUGAUGUAGAAAUGGCCAGAGUCACCGGUGUGCCCAUCACAAGUCUUUUAACAAAGGGUGAACAAGUUAAAGUUGUAGCCCAAUUAUUAAGACAUGCUAGAGAAGCAGGAUAUUUUAUGCCUGCUCAUCAAGGGACACCAGCCCAAGAACAGUAUGAAGGGGCUACUGUAAUUGAGCCUGCUCGAGGCUAUUACACAGAUCCUAUUGCGACUCUCGAUUUCAGUUCUUUGUAUCCAAGUAUCAUGAUAGCGCAUAAUUUAUGUUACACAACAUUAAUUAAAAGUACUAUAAUGAAGGAUAAGUUGGGGUUAACAAAUGAUCAGGUAACAUCAACGCCUGUAAAUUCUUUGUUUGUCAAGUCUUCUGUACGUCCAGGUCUGUUGCCCCACAUUUUACAGCAUCUUCUGGCUGCAAGAAAGAAAACUAAGGCAUUACUAAAAGAUGCCAAAGAUCCGGUUUUGAAGGCUGUGCUAAAUGGUCGACAGUUGGCUUAUAAGAUAUCCGCUAAUUCAGUUUAUGGAUUUACUGGGGCGCAAGUGGGCAAGUUGCCGUGUUUGGAAAUAUCAGGAAGUGUAACCGCCUACGGUCGUGCUAUGAUAGAACAAACCAAACAGGAGGUGGAACAGCACUACACCAUCCAAAACGGCUACGAAACCGACGCCAAAGUUAUUUAUGGUGAUACAGAUUCCGUUAUGGUGAAUUUCAAAGUAAAAACGCUAGAACGAAGUAUGGAACUGGGCAAAGAAGCAGCCGAAUUGAUCAGUACAAAAUUUAUCAGUCCUAUCAAAUUAGAAUUCGAAAAAGUUUAUUAUCCGUAUUUGUUGAUUAAUAAGAAGAGGUAUGCCGGUUUAUAUUUCACUAAGCCAGAUAAGUAUGAUAAAAUGGACUGUAAAGGAAUUGAGACUGUUCGAAGAGAUAAUUGCACAUUGGUAGUUGAUGUAAUUGGUACCUGUUUACAGAAGCUCUUGAUUGAUAGGGAUCCAGAUGGGGCAGUGAACUAUGCAAAAUUAGUUAUUUCGGAUCUCCUGCAGAAUAACAUUGAUAUAUCACAAUUAGUAAUCACAAAAGAAUUAUCGAAAGAGGAUUAUGCAGCUAAGCAAGCGCACGUUGAACUUGCAAAGAAAAUGAAGAAGAGAGACCCAGGAAACGCUCCUAAAAUCGGCGACAGAAUUCCAUACGUUAUAACUGCCGGAAAUAGAAAUGCCAAAGCAUUUGAAAAAGCAGAAGAUCCAAUAUAUGUGCUGGAAAACAACAUUCCUAUCGACGCACGUUAUUAUUUAGAAAAUCAGUUAUCCAAACCUUUAGUUAGGAUUUUUCAACCAAUAUUAGGCGAUAAUGCCGAGUCUAUACUGUUGCGUGGUGAACAUACUAGAACAAGAACAGUAGUCACGUCAAAAGUGGGAGCUUUGUCAGCUUUUACUCAAAAGAAAGAAACAUGUUUAGGGUGUAAAUCUGUUUUGCCUAAAGGGUAUGAAAAUGAAGCAGUUUGCGCGCACUGCAAACCAAAGGAAGCAAGCAUUUUCCAGCAAGAACUGUGCCAUCAUAGAAUGCUAGAAGACCGAUUUUCAGAAUUGUUUACAGAGUGUCAAAGAUGCCAAGGUUCAUUACAUGAAGAGAUUUUAUGCACUAGCAGAGACUGUCCUAUCUUUUAUAUUAGAAAAAAGGUUCAAAUGGAGUUAGAUAAUUCGAAAAAGAAAGUAGCUAGGUUUGGAGAUCCUUUAGCUGUUGAGGAGGAUGAAUCAUCAAAUCAAGAUAUAUUUUAAUACAUACUUCUUAUUA